CUACAGACAGAGGAGUCUGGAAGUGUAGCGCGUAUUAAACAGCCAAAGGCAAAUUGAAGCAAUGAGCAUUAUUUCAGGAAAGUUCAUCGUGAGGACAGACAUCACGUUGAUAAAAAUGUGAGAAGAAUUCAAGACGUUUUGACGCUUUUUUGCAAAUCCUGGUCAGUUCUCCCGUCCGGCUGUGUCCAGGAAUCGUCUGUCUCUAGGCAUCUUGUCAAUGGCAGCCCAAAGGAGGCGCUUGGUAAAAGAAUUCAAUCCUUACGUCACUUGCUAUAUCUGCAAAGGCUAUCUUGUCAAGCCCACCACCGUCACAGAGUGCCUGCACACAUUUUGUAAGAGUUGUAUUGUCCAACAUUUUGAAGAGAGCAACGAUUGCCCAAAAUGUGGAAACCAGGUCCAUGAAACCAAUCCUUUGGAAAUGCUGAGGUUAGAUAACACACUUGAAGAAAUCAUUUUUAAAUUAGUGCCAGGACUUCGGGAAAGAGAACAACUAGAAGAAACUGAAUUCUGGAAGAGGAAACGUCCGGAAGAAAAUGGAGAAGAUGGAUUCCCAGGCAGUAAAAGACUUAAAGACGAUGAAGAGGAAAAUGAUGAAAACAAAGACUACCACAGAAGUGACCCUCAGAUCGCCAUCUGUCUUGAUUGUCUACGGAAUAAUGGCCAGUCUGGUGAUAACAUAGUAAAGGUAAUU